CACUACAUUCGUGGAAAAAUGGCAGCUGACGAAUAGAGAAAAGUGGAUCUUCAGUCGGAAAACAGACGGCACUUGACAAAACUACAACGGAGCAUACUGGGCCGACGUACCGCACCUUGAUUGUCAUUGUAGAGGUGUCACCAUCGGUCAUCAUUGUUGAAGUGUCUCCACUGGUCACGUGUCACCAUGGGAAAAACCCAGCUAAAAGAUCAGAAAGAUGGCAAAAAAGACAGACCAGGAAGAACAAUUCCACCAACCGGUACAACUCCUGCAACAAAUAAAGAUGCUUUCACCUGGGAAGAAUAUCUUAAAGAAACAUCAUCUAUACCGGCUCCACCAAGCUGUUAUCGUCAGGCUGGUGUCCCACCCUCCAAUGACUUCAAAGUGGGAAUGAAGCUGGAAGCCCAUGACCCACGCAAUUCCACUUCAGUUUGCAUUGCCACAGUGAUGGGUCUAACUGGGGUUCGUCUGCGUCUCCGUCUGGACGGAAGUGACAACAGCAAUGAUUUCUGGCGACUGGUGGAUUCCUCUGACAUUCAGCCCAUCGGCACCUGUGAGAAGAAUGGAGACAUGUUGCAGCCGCCACUGGGAUUUCGGAUGAAUGCGUCCUCAUGGCCCAUGUUUCUUUUGAGAACCUUGAAUGGAGCAGAAAUGGCUCCGGCAACAGCCUUUAAAAAGGAGCCUCCGGGGCCCCCCCAGAACAACUUCAAGCCAGGCAUGAAGCUGGAGGCUGUGGACAAGAAGAACCCAUACCUCAUCUGCCCUGCCACCAUUGGGGAAGUAAGGGGUGAUGAGGUGUUCGUCAUGUUCGACGGCUGGAGGGGCGCCUUCGAUUACUGGUGCAAGUGUGACUCCCGGGACAUCUUUCCUGUGGGCUGGUGCUCCCUCACCAAGCACAGCCUCCAGUCACCAGGCAACAGUGUUACCCUCCCAAAGAACUUGCAGAGUCUCCCAGUGUCACCCUCCAAGCCCAGCAGGCGUUCCAUGCACUCCCCCUACAGGCUCCCCAACCCUCUGCCCCCUCUGCCUGUCAGAAAGGGGGUCCGGGGCCGUCGGCCCAAGAGCGAAACCAUCGCUCUUCUUAAAGCUGUGGCAGAAGCAGCGGCUGCCCAGAACGGAGCCAUAUCUGAAAACACGCAGCUUGUACCUCAGCCUCACAAGAAGAGAGGACCCAAACCCGGAAGCAAGAGAAAGUCCAAGAUUCUGCAGGGUCCGACACAGCUGUCCAGCAUCCUGGUUCCACAGGAAAGCCCCCCCAGUCUCAACUCAGUGGUUUCAACAGUGUGUGUAUAUGUAAAUAAGCAUGGGAACUGUGGUCCGCACCUGGACAGGAAGCAGAUGCAGCAUCUGCCUGACCACUUUGGCCCGGGGCCGGUCAACGCUGUGCUCCAGCAGGUGGUCCAGUCAUGUGUGGACUGUGCGUACCAGCCCAAAGUCCUGCUCAUUGCUCUGCAGACUCACUCAGGAGGAGGAGAGGUUGUCAGAGUGAGGACAGAUGGUGUAGUCCGUGUGGUUAAACUUCCUUCAGCUUCCAGUGCUUCCUUCGUGCUGCGGUUCCUGGAGACGAUGUGUCGUCAUCUGCAAUGUGACAACUUGUUCAGCAGCCAACCGUUCAGCCACUACUCUGCCUAUGACAGGAACAAGUCAGUGAAAGAAGAGAUGUUGGACGCUCCCUCUCUUGCUCGGGGUAGCAAACGCAGUCUCUCUGGAAUCUCUCCACUGUAUGCAGCCCCUCUGUCUCCUAAACAUUUACGCACAGAAGCUCACGCUUCAGAAGCAGAGACUCUGCCCCAUGAGGAGAAUGGCCUGAUAAAGGAGCAGCGCUACAUGGACUCCGCCUCCAACUCCAUGACUCCUCGUCCUCAAACAGUGCGGAGUUCCUCAGAGUACCACUCUCAGGCCAGCAGCCUCUACCAUCCAGGCAACAGCACUCCCAUGCGCCGCCACUCAUCUAACCCCGCAGAGCUCGGCUCCACACAGCCUCUCAGACGAGUUGAAGCAGCCAGCUCCACCACCGGCCCUGAGGCUGCAGCGUCUGAUCGGGAGAGUCAGCAGCUGCCCAGUAAAAACCCCUCGUCCUGGACCAUUGAGGAGGUCAUGCAGUUCGUCAGGGAUGCUGACCCCACAGCACUAGCGCCACAUGCUGAACUGUUCAGGAAACAUGAGAUUGAUGGAAAAGCCCUGAUGCUGCUACGGAGCGACAUGAUCAUGAAGUACAUGGGUCUGAAGCUGGGGCCUGCACUGAAGUUAUGUCACCACAUAGAGCGGCUGAAACAAGGCAAAGUGUAACAGGAAGCAGGACACCCCUGUUCCUGCCGGACCCCUGGGCAACAAGCCUCCAAGGAGCCGGCGCUUAGACACUGACUCAUGGGGCACGCAGGGACGACACGUUACUCCAGACUCCGCCUCCCGAGACUGACUACAUGUUGCACCUUGGUCCAGACUUCCAGAGUGGAGAAGGUGUGCCGUGCUGACACGUUACCUCAUCCCCUCAUCAGUGAGCGAGAAGCUGUUCAAGUCGAAUAGACGCCACUGACGUAAUGAAAUCCCAAAGGAAAAGAAUCCCUGUAGUGUUUACAUUGAAUAGCACAUGUGGACAUGUUUUUCCUUUUUUUUUUUUUACACGGAUGAAAUCUUUUGAUCCUGGUUUUGGAUCCCCCAAAGAUGGAGAAUGUUUCUUCUUAUAUAAUGUUUCUAUUACUGUUGAAUUUCCAAUCAACGGAUUUUCCAGGACGGGUUGGUAAACUGAAAAAGAAUCCAUUUCACGUUCUUCCCUCCUCUUUUCUAGAGAAUUUGGAUGCUCUCGGUCUCCGUGCUGUUGCAUAGCUGUUGUGCCACCUGUCUGCCUACACUAUGGGUGUAUCUCCCUUCCUGAAAAAUGCUCACGACAGUGCAUUCCACCUCUUUCACUCAGUGCUAGACAGACGUAUUCAGAUGCUUGGUCAUUUUCAUGGCGUCAUGUAUUAUUGUGUCUCCGCCUCCCACUGGUCUCUGUGCCGUUCUCGCGCUCUCCGGAGCGUCCAUUUCAACAGACAGAUCGCAGAGGAAGUGCAAACCCGACAUUUCUAAGGGCUUUCUAUGUUAAGUUCUUGUGUUUUAUUUUGUUUUGGAUCAGUCACGAUCAUGUAAGCUCAUUGGUCUCUGCCGGCGGCCUCCGCAUCGUCACUUUCGACCGUUACAAUCACUGUUAGCAACGAAAACAGAUGUGUACAGUUUUAUGGGUUUAACCAUGAAUAUCAGCGACAGAAUGUACAUUUUGUAGAAACGUAAUAUUUUAAAGAAAUCAUAUACAUAAGUUAGAAAUGUGAAGAUA